AUGUAUGUAUAUAUAGAAUUGAGGGAUAUUGCAUAUGCUAUAUUUGUCUGUACUCGUACGUGAUAUUGAGUAGUGCUGCAAAAGCUCAGAAGAAUGGUUGGAUUUAUAUGAGAAAACAUGGUGCUCAUUUCCUGUUGUUGAUGAACACCACUUGCCUCCUUUCAUGGAUUCCACCUCUUCCCGAAAAGGGUGUGUAUUAGAUCCAUCAAAGUGUAGAAAAAGUUGAGAAUGGAGGAAAAAAGAGAGAUUGUAUAUGAAGUAUCAGAAUGGUCACAAGGUGCAGCCGAACUGUUGCAAUCAUGGAGCCGUCAAGAGAUCUUGCAAAUUCUCUGUGCCGAGAUGGGAAAAGAAAGAAAGUAUACGGGGUUAACAAAGUUGAAAAUCAUUGAAAUCCUUCUGAAAGUUGUGGCCGAUAAGAAAUCACAGGAGGAUAAGAAUAGGACUACAAUCGGCCUUGAAUCAUCAGAAACUGGUCAUGGAAGGGGGACCAAAAGGCAGAGGAAAACCGACCACCCUAAUCAACCGAAUAUUUCAAUGGAUAAUUCUUUAACCAAGAUUGUUGAAUGUGAUCCAGGUUAUAAUGAAGUCAGAUUAUGCAAAAAUUCAGCUUGUAGAGCUAAAUUGAGUCAAGAAGAUGCAUUCUGCAAGCGGUGUUCAUGUUGCAUUUGUCAUCAAUAUGAUGACAAUAAAGACCCGAGUUUGUGGCUGAUUUGCAGCUCAGAAGCUCCGUAUAAGGGCAAGUCAUGUGGGUUGUCGUGUCAUCUUGAAUGCGAAUUGCAACACGAAAAAUCUGGCAUUUCAAAGGAUGAGAAUAAUAGAGGAUUAGAUGGGAGCUUCUAUUGUGUAUCCUGUGGUAAAGUGAAUGAUCUGCUUCAAUGUUGGCGGAAACAAAUGAUGACAGCAAAAGACACGAGGCGUGUUGACAUCUUGUGCUAUCGUGUUUCUUUGAGCCAGAAGCUCUUGACUGGGACUCUGCAUUAUCGAAACCUUCACAAAAUAGUAAACGAAGCAAUUCAGAAACUCGAAGCAGAUGUAGGCCCGUUGACCGGUUUGCCAGUCAAACGAGCCAGGGGUAUUAUCAACCGACUCUCUUCCGGCCAAGAGGUUCAGAGACUAUGCGCCUUUGCAAUCGAGUCCCUGGAUUCAAUUCUAUCUAACACACAUGAUCCUGCUCUCAAAGAUCCCAGUAUCCUGACUCCAGUUGUGAAGUACGAAAACGUCUGUCCCACAUCGAUUUUUGUGAUUUUGGAUUUCAAAGAUCGGUCUUUGGAUGAGAAUCUUUCGGGCUAUAACUAUAUAAUAUGGCAUCGAAAAGCUCAAGAUACUGAUUAUCCUUCAGAACCGACUUGUUUGUUGCUUGCAAGAAGUAGGACCAGAUUCUUGCUCUCCAGUUUAACUCCAUCAACACAGUAUGUUUUAAAGAUCAUUUUGUGUCAAAAAAGCAGGGAGUUUUAUAGCCGCGAAUUCAGAUUUCAAACAAGCACCGAAAGAGCCGAAAGAAGUCAAAGCCUGGCAACAAACUCUAGUGGUCUUUCAAAUCCUUCUUCUGUUGAAGAUGAGAAUAAAACAGAAAAAUCUAAUGAACCAGACAAGAAUGCCCCUGAUGCUGUGAACAACAGCAUCGGAAAUGGCAUAGAAUUCGACCCAUUUGUCCCUAUGACUGAAGCUAACUUACCCAUUACUCCCUGCAAAGCAGAAAGAUCAAAAGACAGAAAUCUAGCAAGAAAAUCCAGACCAGAAGCCUUAACAAACAAUCUUGAAGGCGGGUCUGGGAAGGAACAAGAUGGUAGUUCUUCAAAAAAGAGAAGUGGGGAAGAAGGGCAAGAACGGGAUUUUGGAUAUUACGUGAAGGUGAUCAGAUGGUUAGAGUGUAAAAGGCAUAUCGAUACGAGUUUUAGACAGAAAUUUCUAACUUGGUACAGCUUGAGAGCAAGCCCAGAAGAGGUUAGAAUUGUCAAAGUGUUUAUCGAUACAUUAAUGGAGGAUCCGGCUUCGCUUGCAGGGCAGCUUGUCGAUACGUUUUCUGAAGCGAUUACAAGCAAGAAGUGUUCAAAAGGGCUGUGCUUGAAGCUUUUUCACUGAAAAAGGUUAGGAUCAUUAUUUACAUGAUGUUUUAAGUUAUAAAGAUUCAUUAUUCGAUUGUAUUUUUGAUUUCUUAUGAUAUAUCUUCAUCUGUUGUGUACGAAUAUUUAAGAUUUUUGAGUUGAUGGUGUAAAUAUAUUCAA